AUGCAAUUUGUGAUUCACUCCUCCUCCAUCCUCGCGCCGGCACUGCAGCAUGUGCUCAGGAGCAUCUUGAGCGUGCCGGCCCCGUGGGUUGAGACAUCUGCCAAAGGCCCUCACCGCGUUACAGUUGAUGGACAGACCUUCCACGGGCUCCAGUCGUUUCUGCAGGCGCUACGCCGCACCGCGGUUACGCCGGAGCAGAAGGCGUUUCUCGGCGGAGACGAGGAGCAGAUAUUGCUGGUAAACCAGUGGGUUUGCGCGGCGGCGGUGCUGGAUGUUGAUGCUACGCGCGCUGAUGCCGACACUUCCACCUCGGUCGCCAAGUUUCUCUACAGUGACGUGGAGCGCAUCCUCGCGGCCAUGUCGAAUGCGGCGUCGCAGUACCUCACCGGAAGCGAGCGCGCCACCAUGGCCGACUUGCUCAUGUACGCCGCCGCCUUCAACCACUUUGCCCACGCGGAGGUGCUGCCGACCACCAUGAAAUGGGCCGCAUACGCACAAGAGGACGCCUACCUGGCCCCCAUUCGCUCGGCGGCUGUUAAGGUGCCGGUGAACAACAAGGCUGGCAAGGCUAGCGGCGUGGCCGCGCCUGCUACUAGGGCGGAAGUCUCAUAUGUGAAGCCGUCUGAGGAGGAGAUUCUGCGCCGCCGUGCAGAGAAGGAGAAAGCGAAGGCGGAGAAGGCUGCUGCCGCCGCAGCAGGAGGAGCAAGCACGGAGAAAGCCUCGACCAGUCCCAGUACUGGAGCUGCAAGCAGCAACAAAGCCAAGAAAGUGGAGCUCGACUCUACCAGCCUGUACGUGCGUGUGGGGCAGCUGACAAACCUGCGUCGACACCCGGACGCAGACCGCCUCUACGUCGAAGAUAUGGUGCUCGGCGAUGAGACGCGCACCAUUGUAAGUGGACUCGUGGAGCACUACGCGAUGGAGGAGCUAGAGGGAACACAGUGCCUCGUCGUGUGCAAUAUGAAGCCGAAGCCGCUUAUCGGUAUCACGUCGCAGGGGAUGGUGCUGUGCGCCAAGAACGGCACAGAGGUCAAGUUGAUUCGUCCUCCGGCGGGCGCCAAACCAGGAGACCGCAUCCUUUUUGGUACCACGUACGAUACGGCGGUCGCCUCCGCUGGCGCUCCACAGCCGAUGUCGGGUAACAAGAUAAGCGAGGUGCUCUCCCACCUGCAUACCAACGCCGACGGCGUUCUUUGCUGGAAGGAUAAGCCUGCAAGACACCCGAGCGGUGUGGAAGUCUGCGUUCCCGACAUGGCAAACUGUCCCGUGAGCUGA